UAGGGGCGGGAGGCAGACACAGGCUGAGGGCUGUUAAGCAACACCCUGAUAAAAAUGUCCCAUAUGACUCAAGAGUAAGGAAAGAUGAGAAGUUGGGAGGUGCAUAGAGGAGGAUUGGACAGGUAACAGUUCAGGAUGCUUGAAGAGGUUUAGCAAAGAAGGAAUUGAGAGGGAAAGGUGGAGACCAAGGAUGGAGGAGUGAUGGAAUGAUCCUGGUAAAGGGAUAAUGGGACUAUGGGGAAGAGGGGAGCAGGGUUUGGAGAGCUAGAUACGUGGCUACAAAGUUAAGGAGACAUGCUCAUCCUGGAGGAAUCAGCAUUCUUCCUCACAUUUUUUGUCUAGGAAGCAACCCUAGUUGCUAUUGGAAGAAAAGAUGCACAAAGAUUCUAUGUUGGGGGGAGGGUAUGUCUCAGGGUGAGUAAAGAGACUGAUAGGAAGGAAGGAGCUAGGAAAGAAAAAGUACUGAGGUAAAAGCAUGGAAAGCAAAGGGUCAGGGAGACAACCAGAGAAAUCCCCUCUCUAAAGGCCAGAAAGCGUGGGUGGAGGAGAUAGCUGGACUGCUGGUAGAUAGUGGGGGGACAAAGGGCAAAGAGACCAGACCAGAGGACUGGAGGGUGAAGUGGGGUGAGAUGGAACCCUGGAAAGAAAAAGAAGAGAGGUGAACUCACUACUUGACACAUGGUGGCCAGAAUGGAGCUGUGGCCAGGGGCAUGGACGCUGCUGCUGCUGCUCUUUCUGCUGCUGCUCUUCUUGCUGCCCACCCUGUGGUUCUGCAGCCCCAGUGCCAAGUACUUCUUCAAGAUGGCCUUCUACAAUGGCUGGAUCCUCUUCCUGGCUGUGCUUGCCAUUCCUGUGUGUGCCGUGCGAGGACGCAAUGUCGAGAACAUGAAGAUCUUGCGUCUAAUGCUGCUCCACAUCAAAUACCUGUAUGGCAUCCGAGUGGAGGUGCGAGGGGCUCACCACUUCCCUCCCUCACAGCCCUAUGUUGUUGUCUCCAACCACCAGAGCUCCCUCGACCUGCUUGGGAUGAUGGAGGUCCUGCCAGGCCGCUGUGUGCCCAUUGCCAAGCGCGAGCUACUGUGGGCCGGCUCUGCUGGGCUGGCCUGCUGGCUGGCAGGAGUCAUCUUCAUCGACCGGAAGCGCACGGGGGAUGCCAUCAGUGUCAUGUCUGAGGUCGCCCAGACACUGCUCACCCAGGACGUGAGGGUCUGGGUUUUUCCUGAGGGAACAAGAAACCAUAAUGGCUCCAUGCUGCCCUUCAAACGCGGGGCCUUCCAUCUUGCAGUGCAGGCCCAGGUUCCCAUUGUCCCCAUAGUCAUGUCCUCCUAUCAAGACUUCUACUGCAAGAAGGAACGCCGCUUCACCUCGGGGCGAUGUCAGGUGCGGGUGCUGCCCCCAGUGCCCACAGAAGGGCUGACACCAGACGACGUCCCAGCUCUGGCUGACAGAGUCCGGCACUCCAUGCUCACCGUUUUCCGGGAAAUCUCCACUGAUGGCCGGGGUGGUGGUGACUAUCUGAAGAAGCCUGGGGGGGUGGGUGAAGCCCAGCUCUGAGAUCACCUCCCAUCUGUCCCAAUCUUCCUUCCCACACCUACCGACCCAAUGGGCCCUGAGCAGGGCCAAGCCCUCUUCCUUGAUUCCCCUCUCCUCACUUAAUUCUCCUCUUUGGAAUCUUCAACUUCUGAAGUGAACGUGGAUUCAGCGCCACUCCCUGCCCCUUCCUGCCCUCCCCUACCCCUCGUGGACUCUCGUGCCUCAGUGCAGUCUCCACUCUGACCCCUACCUCCUGCCAUCUUGUUUGUGGGACACUUGCCUCCCCCACAUCUCCAGUGAGUGGUUUAGCCUACAUAAAGAUGGGGAACAUUCCACUCCAUCCCCAGUAUCUCUUCCUCUGUGGUCUCUCCCUCUCCACCCAACAUUGGCCAGUGGGCUCAUCCAUUCUGUGGAACAAUUCUCCCCCACCCCAAGUCCAUGGAUUCAGUGGACUCAUCUGUCUGUGAGGAGGACUUCUCACCCUGUGGCUGGAAGCUGAUACCUGGAACACCCCUGCCAGGCUCAGCCUGGGAACUUUCCUCAGCGCCUUCACCUUCCCUUCCGGUGGAGCCUCCUGUCAGUGGGGGCUGGACUCUUCUAACUCAGAGAUCCCUGCUCUUGCCCAGAUGCACAGGGUCGUGCAUACUCCUGGAUGCCAGUUCGAUCUCCACAUUUCUGCUUCUCCCUGUCCCCAUGGUACAGUUCUUCAGUGGUCUUGGCCCUACCCAGCUCCCAGCAGCCCCGCUGUACCAUCUAACCAGACACAAAGGGAAGAGGCAGACAUCAGGUGCUGCACGCAACUUCUGCUCCCCAGGGAGCUGGGGAAAAGAACUGAACCCUGGCUGGAGGGGAUAAGAGGGCUUUUAAUUUAUUUCUUUUUCUGUUUGAGGCUUCCCCCUCUCUGAGCCAAUUUUCAUUUCUUCCCAGUGGCAUUAGCCACUCCCUGCCUCUCACUCCAGACCUGUUCCCACAUCCAGGGAGGUAGGCUGGGAGCAAAAGGAGAGGGUGGGACUGAGUUUUGUGUGAUUGGUUUUUAUUAAUUACCUGGAUAAAAGCAAGAAACUGAAAAUAAAGAGAGAGAUCUGG